AUGGGUCCAAACGUACUCGAGGUCUCUCAAAUCUUUGAGGACCCAGAGCCUCAACAAAGAGGGCGGAAGACAUAUCAGAGCCGCGCACCUUCUACCGCAGACGUUCUAGUCGGACGACGGAAGGAGAACCUAAGCCCAGGCAAGCAAGCAUAUCAACACCCUCAAGAGAAUAUUGCGUCGGCCUACCCUCUUGGUGAACGGCAUAUCAACAGCCCUCCCCAAACCAAACGAAUCGCGACCAAAUCUGGUGACCAAAGCCAACCUCCUGCACACCGCAGUCACAAGAAGACUGGAAGCUCAGUGUCAUUGAAAGGCUUCAUAUUGGGAAAAGAAAAAAGUCCAGAAACAGGCAGUGAUUCAUCGACCGAAGUUCAGACAAUCGAAAAGAAGCCAAAGAAAGUGAGGUCAGCGGCCAACCUGACAGGACUUCUCAAGAGGAAGUCAAAGAAAGAUUUAAGAGAAAACGCAGGCGACGAAGGGAGUUUCUCUCCUUCCAAACAGACACAAGACGACAACCCAACCCCGAUUUGGGAGCAGUUUGCAACGCAGCCAUUGGAAAGCCCCGACGGCAAGAUGCUCUACCCCAUGUCGCAACGAAGGAGGCUCGAGGAAGAGAUCAAACUCUACACUCCAAAAGACUACUCGGAAUUUCGGCCGGCAGAGCAGAGGAACUUCUAUGGCUACGGCCCUGCGCUUCCAACCUCACUUGAGCACAGACCGCCCCAACGACCAUUCUUGGAGCACAAAUCUAGCAGAAGCUCCAUAUUCACGGAGAAUCUGGAUGAUGAACCUCAACCAGAAGCGAAGCAGCCACAAAACAAGGAUGAGAACAAUAGCCGCCCCGGAUCAUCGCGUACGCCAGAUGUCCGUCCCGCGUUACCAACUCGUUCCUCACAGACGUCUCAGAUAGACAGAAAGGCCAAAAGAGGAUCCAGAGUUAUUGACGCAAUCCAAAGUCUGAACAUGAAGUCUCGUCGAAACGCCAACUCUGGUGCAGACAACCCCUCAACCACAAGCCCAACGCUUAGUCCCCAGGAAAUCGAUACAGCGUUUGAACAGGUCCUGGACUCAUUAAACAUCCCUCUGAAUAUGCGCGACAACAUGAGAAACCUUAAACCAGACGUGAAAGCAGGAUUGAUCAAAGGAGAACGGGUUGGCAGUGGGUCAUCAACCACUUCAGCUGCUGCGGAUGCGUCAGAGGUACGAUCAUCGGCAAGCAGUCCCCGGAAGCAGGAGAACGAAAAACCAGACAGUCAAGGCGAAGAGGGAAAAGAAGGGAAACGAUCCCGAUCGAGAUCUCGGCCACGCAGUCGCAUUUUGACCUUGAGUAGACGUGAUGAGGAAUCGUCCAGCAAAUCCGACAGACCAGGAUCAUCGUCAAGAUCUCGCAGCAAAUCUCGCAACAAGUCAGCCGAUGCUUCCACUUCCAGACCUACUUCUUCAAGAGCCAUGGCUUCAACAGUGUCAUUGGCAUCGCUCAACGUCGCAGACAGUGCCACGACCCCUGGCGACUUCAUUCACUACUUGCGGGAGGUACAAAAACCCGAACUAGUUGAAGUAAGCAAGUUGCACAAGCUGCGCAUCCUAGUGAGGAAUGAAUCCGUCAGCUGGACCGAUCACUUUGUGACAAAAGGUGGGAUGGACGAGCUCUUGCAACUGUACUAUCGGAUCAAAAAGAUUGAAUGGCGGGAAGAACAUGAAGACAGUUUGCUGCAUGAAACACUGCUCUGCCUGAAAGGACUCUGUACGACGUCAUUGGCGCUACAGCGUCUUCACCAAGUGGAAACCGAAUUCUUCCCUCCGUUGCUAAGCAUGUUGUUCGACCCUGACAGGAAAGGACCUGCGGAGUUUACAACGCGAGCAGUGAUAGUAUCGCUACUGUUUGCACAUCUUUCCGCCGCUAUUAACUAUGACGAGAAGAAAAUGCAGGAACGUGCGGACACCAUUCUCGGAUUCCUCAAGGACCCUGCGCCAGAAAGCGACAAGCAACCCUUGGAGUUUGUUUCUCAGAUGCAUGUGCCUCGACCGUACCGAGUCUGGUGCCGCGAAGUCGUCAACGUAACCAAAGAAGUCUUUUGGAUCUUCCUCCAUCAUCUCAAUGUGGUCCCUGUGAUUGAGGUUGACGAGUCUGUCGGAUAUACUCGAGCUCAUUUCCCCACACCAAGACCACCUCAUCCUGCUGCACCCUAUGUUGGCGGGGUUGAAUGGGAAGCCACCCAAUAUCUGGCCACUCACCUAGAUUUGUUGAAUGGGCUGAUUGCUUUCUUGCCCAGCCCACAGCAACGCAAUGCUCUCCGAGAAGAGAUGAUGACUUCAGGCUUUGAAAAGGUUAUGGGCAGCACCCUUCGCACAUGCAAGGAGAAGUUCUAUGGUGGCGUGCACGAAGGGCUGAAGUGUUGGGUUUCUGCGGCAAAAGCGGACGGAUGGGCUGUUGAAGAUGUUCGGGCAGGACCCCCUCGCGAAGCGUAUAGUCCACGCAAAAGUCCGACGAAGAAGAAGGCAGAUGAGGCUCCAAAACUUGCGUUGGAUGUUGAUAUCUGUGGGUCGGAGAAGAAGCCGGAAGUCGAGGACUCGUGGAUUUAG